AUGCAAUCGAACCUACCUCAAUUUACGUUCAAAUGGCCCAAGGGUCCCGAAACAGUUAUUCUGACGGGCGCGUUCGACGAUUGGAAAGGUACUUUACCAAUGGUGAAGGACCCCAGUGGUGCUUUCGAAAUAACGCUGCCAGUAAAGUUUGAUAGCCCUGACAACGAGGUCUCUUUCAAGUUUAUCGUCGAUGGUCAGUGGCUGCCAAAUAAAGAUUACAAGGUGACCACCGAUGCGGGAGUAGAAAACAACUUUAUCACUGAAGAAGACGUAAAAAGGCAAUACGGAAAUGGUACUGGCAUGCUGGUUCCUGAAAGUGCCGGAUUAGCAGUCUCAAAAAAUACUUCAUUAAUUGAAGCAGAAGCUGAAAAACGUGCGAAAUUAAGAAAAUUCAAGAUUAAGAGAGUAAUCAAGACAAAUAAAGAAACAGGGGAAAGGUCGAUAUUUUCCCAGGAAGUAAUUGAAUUGCCCGAUAGCGAAGAUGAAGCGCAGCAGGUGAACAAAACGGGCAAGAAUGCAGAUGGCUUAAGCGGCACUACGACUAUAAUUGAGAAUAAUGUUGGUGUAAACGAGGAAAAAGCGGUUAGGCCAUAUGAAGAAAAACAUCCUAAAGUUACCUUGGUUAAGAGUGAGGGAUAUAUUACCGAUGGCUUGGGCAAGACGCAAUCUUCUGAGUCCAGAUUAUAUGAACUUUCUGCUGAAGAGCUUGAAAAGGAAGAAGAGGAGGAGGAGGAAAAUAAGGGCGCCGAUGAGGACGCCGAUACAAGUACAGGAGCAGUAGUUUUAGAUAUCCAAAACAAGAAGCCAUCAAAUGAAGCCGCUAAAAUUGAGAGCCCCGAAGAGAAAGUACCUGCAGGCUCAAUUACAAGCAUUGUCAAGGAGAUCCCCGGGAAAUCAAUCGGCAAAGUUGUAGCUGAGAGCCAGACUUUCGAGACAAAACAAGGCCCUCCAGCCUCUGCCACAAAAAAAAUUGAAGUUGAGAGAGCUACCAGGGCUGCAAAAUCUAGCGGCGCGAAAGGACUACCAAAUAAAGACGUCCAAAAAAGCCCUGCCAAAAAGGGAGGGUUCUUUAAGAAGUUGGCUCAGUUUUUGAAGUGA